AUGGGCGUCAAGUACUCGGUGCAAGCGAUCAAGCAGACGAAAGACGGGAUGAUCAUCCUCGGCGUGCGCUACAAGCGGUACUUUGAAGAGCGAUGCCCCGACUUUGCCAUGGUGCACCCGCGCAUCUCCAAGGACGUCCAGGCGCUCGUGCUUGCCAACUGGGCGGCGAUAUCAUCUGGAUCGACGCCCGCGCUUCUCAAGGUCAAGCCGGCGUCGCCCGUCGUGUACUUUUACGACUACUUUUACGGCAUGAUCUUUGAGAAGGCGCCGGCCGUCAAGCCCCUCUUCCGGUCGUCCAUCAUCGUGCAAGGCAAAGCGCUCAUCAACAUCAUCCAGAGCAUCACAUCGGCCGUGAACGCGCCCAACGUCAUUGAAAAGGUGUGUGACCUCGCGUACCGACACAACAAGUACGGCGUCAAGAUCGAGUACUUCAACUUGCUCGGGAAAUGUCUCCUCCUCGCCAUGCACGACUGCACGGGCGACACGUUCACCGACGAGCUCCGCGAGGCGUGGCGCGCAGCGUACGCGUACAUGGUCAUGGUCAUGACGCCGAUCUUGUACCACGGUAUCGUGCACCCGACCGACGAAGACAAGGCUCUGUCACGUCAAGGCCGCGUCCAGCAGUCGAUCUUUACGAGCCUCUCGUACUGGCGCCACCGAACCGUGGCCGUAGGCCCCGAUGCAUCGCUCAUGUGCCCUGCAAGUCCCGGGAUGGACUCGAUUCUGCCCGACGCCAACGCUCCUCAGUGCCCGUAUCAGCGAUAG